UUUGUUGAGGAAAUGUAGAAAGUUUUAUGAUUUAGUUUUAAUUUAAUUUUAAUACUACUAUAUGAUACUAAUAAAUACGGAUGCAAGGCAAACAAACUGACAUUAACAAAUAAUGCGCAAUAACCUUAGAUAUUUAACAAAAUAGCAGUCUAGACUCUAGAUCACUUCACAUAAAACAUGCAUUACAACAUUACAAGAAUAUGCUGCUACCUGCUUGUUCAGUUUGUCACGAAAAUAUGAAGCAAUGGGAAACCAUUCUUUCAACAACAUGCGGUCAUUUGUUCCACAGUAAUUGCAUACACAAAUGGCUGAACAGCUCUACGACCUGUCCCCAAUGCCGCCACGAUUGUGAUAAAACAUCCAUAAUACGCGUGCAUUUAACAUUCAACUACGAGGGAGAACCAGAAGCGGUCUCCAAACUGAAACAGGCGAUCUCCGAAAUCGAUAAAAGUAAAAGAGAAUUAAAACUUAUAAAAACGAAAUGUAAAAUGUUGAAACGUGAUGCGGAGAAACAAAGUAAGGCCUCAAAAAUGUUACGGGAGGAAUCGAAUAUGUAUGAAAAGAAAAUAAUAGAAAUUAAAAAUAAUAAGAGUCGCAACGAAAUGCUAGCAAGAUACACGGAUGCAAAAACAUGGAAUCAGUCUCUAAUAGAAGAUGUACUUCGUAUUAUAGAAAAACUCUCCGAUGUAAUCACCGAAUGCGGGAGGGCCAAUGGUUCCCAUGGGGGAGCGAUGGGACCCCAUCGAAUAGCAGUAGCCAAUUUUAAAACGAAUAUAAAAACUUUAAGCAGAAGUAACUUAAAUAUUGGAACUAAAGUAAAAAUCGGUCAGUCUAUGACGAAAAAUUUACGGAUCGUCAUCGAGAGUUUCAGGGGUUUGCUCAAAGCAUACGUCACACGCCGAAAGCAGAUUGCUGCAGGGGUGUUUAUUUAGAACAUGCUAGGCUACAUCCAGUGGCAGUGGUAUGAAGAAAGAAGAGAAGAUCUGGAGGGGACGACCAUCCCUCCCUCACCUCCUGGGAAUGGACCCACCAUUAUAUUAUGAUCAGAACCAUACAGAUCAUGAUCGUCACUCAUCUCAUAAAUCCAACUCAUCACCAAUCAUUUGAAUGUCUCAUUACCUCAUCACAUCUUAACCAUCGCUUCAACCAUAUCAUUUCAUUGGCUCAAGAAAAUGACCAACAAGCAUAAUCAUCAGUCCUGCCUCGUUAAGCAAGGAGUCCAAGCCCGGGCAGAGGAGACUGCUCUGAAGCCCGACCCGUGCCCCCGCAAGGGGACACGAAGACCCAACGACAGGCAGUGGCUUCUUUGUGGUUUGGAAUUGCUGAUGUCCAUGGACGACUGUGGUCAUUUACCAACCGGCGAGCCGUAUUCUGCUUUCCACGUAUGUGUAGGUUCUAAUUAAUAGACGAACAGACUCGUGUGGUGUGAGAUCAUCUGGCUACUUUACUGACGUUAGCGCACUGGUUCGUAUCAUUGAUUCAUUCGAAGCUAAUUAAUUGAAAUUAUUGACAAGCCGAAUUCCUUGAUAAAAAGCGACGUUAAUGAUACGAAUACAUUUGGCGAACGUCUGAAUCCCCUAAAUCCUGUAGGUACCUCAUCAGCGAAAAUUGGCAACAUUCAAGUGGAAAAGCAAAACCCGCGGACUUUUUGGCGGGAACGCGAAGAGUGAAGUUGUGUGAUUUUAUUUUAUUUUAUCUAUUUAGGUGUUUCUUCGGGUUUAAAUGUGUAAUAAUG